AUGGCAUAUCGGCGAAAGUCGUCGGUAGUCAACAAUUCGCAAGAUCACCUUUGGGGCAUUCGUGCCGUUCUGGCGGUGCAGAGUUUCGCCUGGUUGUUCUUCAAGGUCUUUGACCCAGCGCUCACAACCUGCGUCAUUCCCAGUUUCACCGAAAAAUCUCCUCACUACCAAGUGCUCCUCCGCAAGAUCCUUUCUCCUCUUCUCUGGGACGAAUCCUUCAUCUUCUGCUUCUUCAUCCUCUUGUCAGCUCGCACAGUCGCUAUCCCUUUCUUGCGCGAUGUGACGUCAAAUACCUAUGCCCGCUCUUUGAUCGCGCGCCCUAUCCGCAUGUUCAUUCCUCUAGCCAUCGGUCUUGCCAUCUCACUUGCAAUCUUUGGAUCUAUCAACAAUGAUUAUCUUGAAGAGUUUGCCUACAUCAAUGGCAAUCCCUACUUGAGAGCACCGGAGAAGCCAGCCACUGCAUUGGCUUGUUUCAACAGUAUCUGGGAUUUGCUGUGGGUGACCAAGGAUUACUCUCUGCAGAUGGGUAGUCUUGCUUUCCCUACUUGGACUCUGUGGGUGCCUUCUGCCGCUUACCUGCAGAGCUACACCGUGUAUAUUUUCAUGGUUAUCCUGCCGUUCAGCAGACCCAGUUGGCAUCUUACUGGUCUGUUGAUGUUUGCGUUCGGCUCUUGGUGGUUCAACAGUUGGGGUUGGUACUCAGCUACUGGACUUUUCCUCGCCGAUGUCGCCAUUAACCCUCCUCUUCGCACCGCACUUUUCCGCGGCUGGAGUAACGAAAGUGGAAGCGUGAGAAUGCCUUACUGGGCUUUGGCUUACGUCUUCCUUGCUGUGGGAACAGGUCUCAAGUACAUGUGGACUGCAGGAUUGGAUGACCUUUUCUGGAGUGGUGAGGCUCAUGCCCAUCCUUCUCGCUACCUUGGCGGCAGCAGUUUUGGAUAUGCGGAUGGCACUCAGCCUUACCCUCGCAUGGACGACUGGCUCGUUAUUGUUGGUAUUCUGCUGCUCAUUGAGUUCAGCGAGACCACCAAGCGUAUCUUGUCCAACAAGCUCUGCAAAGCUAUCGGUAGACGUUCGUUGAGCUACUACCUUGUAUCGACUAUUCUGAUGUACACAGCCGGCAUCAAGAUCUUCCUCUACUGCAACGUCCAGCAAGGCUAUGGCUCUGCCUCUGCCAAGGCCGUUGCAUUCUUCCUUGUCCUGCCUUGUUCCAUCAUUGGCGGAGAGAUCUUCCACCGUGCCAUUGACAAGCCCGCAGUCUGGGCUGGCCAUGCCGUCUUUGACUGGACCAGAACAUAG